UCAAGAAUCAGAACCAGUCUAACAGGUGAGCUUUUGGGACAAACACUGAGAGGAGAAACGUCCUACAGCCGGACAUAAGUAGUUCACCCCGAGGAGAGGAACCUAAUUUGGGUUCAGAAUGUCGCUCCUGGCUGUUUUUGUCCUUUUGGGGACGGGAAUGAUGGUCAACUGCGAAAAACAUUCCCUCACCUACAUCUACACGGCUUUCUCCAAACCAGUGAAUCUCCCGGGGCUGCAUGAGUUCACUGCUAUGGGUUUACUGGAUAACAGUAUGAUCGACUACUAUGACAGUGAGAACCAAGUUAAAGUUCCCAAACAGGACUGGAUGAAACAGCAUCUUGAACCAGAGUACUGGGAGAAAGGCACCCAGUCCAGAAAGAGCAAACAGCAAUGGUUCAAGGUCAACAUCGACAUAUUGAUGAAACGAAUGAGACAGAAUAACACAGACACCCAUAUUCUUCAGUGGAUGCAUGGCUGUGAGGGUGAAACUCAGCCUGAUGGCACGAUGAAGUUUGUCCGUGGGAUGGACAUGUACAACUAUGACGGAAGCGACUUUCUGUCCUUUGAUGACAACAAGCAGGUUUGGGUUGCUCCAAUUCAUGCAGCAGUAGAAACCAAGAGGAAGUGGGAUGAGGUCCAGGUGCUGAAGGAAUACACCAAGGGCUACCUGGAGAAGGAGUGCAUGGAAUGGAUGGCCAAGUUUAGAGACUUUGGGAAAGAGCAGCUUUUAAAAGCCUCUCCACCUAAGGUGGAUUUGUUUACUCGUAAAGCCAGGUCUGAGACUAACACAAUUUUGACGUGUCUGGCUACGGGUUUCCUACCAAAGGACAUCAAAAUGAAUAUCAAAAGAAAUGGACGUGUCCUGACUCUAGAGGACGGGUUGGUGACCACUGGAGUUCGCCCAAAUAACGACAACACCUUCCAGAGAAGAGAUCAUGUAGAGAUUUUGAAGUCUGACGUUUCCGUCUACACCUGUGAAGUUAACCAUCCUGCCUCUACAAUGCAUGUUGAAGAGAAAUGGGAUCACAUUAUUGUGGAAGACAAUGGAAAUAUGCCCGUCGUCAUUGGUGCUGCUGUCACCCUCCUGAUUGUGAUUGCAGCCGUUGGUGGGACGCUUAUUUACCUUAAGAAGAAGACACGCCGACUUGAUUGCCCUGGAAACUCCACUAAGUCAAGUCUAGAGUCUGUGACCACCUCCAACUCCAAUGACAAACCCGACAGCCAAAACAAGGGCACCAAAGAACCCCUCUUGAAAGGACGCAAAGAUGGCACUGGUGGAGAUGGAGACAACACCAGCCAAGAAAGUGGGAUUUCAUCUGGACAAUCGGAUAAAAAGAGUUCCUCUGAUGACUCCCCUCAUUCAAGUGUAGAGUCUGUGGCCACCUCCGGUCAACCAGACAGUGGUGCGAGCACACCGGAUGAGAAAAAGCCCCUCAUUGAUGAUGACGGAGCUUCUUAUCCAAGUCUAAAUUCUGAGAACUCCUCUGGAUCAGAACAAACCAAUCCAUCCCAAGAUUCUGGUGCUGAUGAUUCAUCUCCUAGUUCCAACAAUCAGAGUGAUGAAGAAACGAGUCUGACUAAUUAGCCAUCUCAGUCGUUUGGAGCCAGAUUAUAAUAUGACAAAAAUAAUGAGAAAUAAGUCAUGAUCCCAAGCAGAUCUAUAAAAUCUAACAUAUAAAGUUAUCUGAGGAAUAAAAAAAAUAAGUUUUCUCAUAAAUAUAUUUACUAAAUGUUUGGGAACAUGUAGUAAACACUAGGGACAAAGUAGUCAGUAAAGAUGCCAGUACCUAAUUACAAAUAAGAAGAAUUGGGAAGAUGAGUAUAUUCAGGUUUUUGUCUUUUCAGUUGAGGACGUUACACUGUGAUGCAUUAAAAAUUAUCUUUUUCCGUCUGACAAAUCUGCUAAAAUCCCCCCAACAAAAGACAGCAAAUUAUUUUAAAAAAGUUUGAAGUGAAAAAAAAGACUGUAAGACUUCAAAAUAAGAACAAAUACUGCAGUGGGAGGUUUUUUUUUUUUGUGUGUAGAUCUAUAAUAAAUCAAACUCACAGUUUGAAAGUAUUUUGAGUUAGCCAAGCAGGUCAAGUUUGUUACAAGAUUACACAAGCUAUUUGUACUCAUCUAUGAAUAAGGGCAGUUUAGUUAUUCUCUAAGCUUCAUGAAUGUGUUUCAUUACUUUUUGAAGUCUGUAUUACAUUAUUGCUUUAAAAGUUUUUACUCUAGUUUUUAGGGUUUUUUUAUUUGUAUUUUGGGACAUGGGGGGCUUUUAAUGACUAAAUAUUUUCUACUGUAUUUGCACUGGUGGUACAAAGAUUGAUUUAUUUUUCUUUGUCUAAUUGUGACAUUGUGAACAAAGGAUAAGUAUUUCCAACUUUUCUCUAAUGAUUAAAUCAUCAAGUGAUGUAUGCAACUAGAUGUUUACGUAGAAUCUUUGCAGUAUCUUUUAGCUCACCGUAUUGUUACGUUUGCUACUCAUUGG